AUGGGGCUUCACUUAAAGUGCAGUGUUUCUGUUGAGGAGUUGUCCUCAAAAUAUGGACCUAUCAAGCGAACUAUAAAAUUAAUCAAAGCCCGAAUUGCAUUGGUCAAAUCAGAUAAUGGUUGUCUCAUUAUCCGUAUUACUCCUAUCGGUCCUCACAGCUAUUCCAAAAGCCUGGGCUACAUUGUCUCUGAACCUACUCUUCACAAAAAAUUUCUAAGACAAGGCAAAGCAACAAUUGUUCUCGUGGAGAACGCGUGGAAAAGGUUUUCUAAUGUAACUCGCCGUCGAUCUCUCCUACCUGUUGAUGUGCCAAACACAUCCCUAUCCUUGCUCGAUGAACUGAGCCCUCUUCGAAUCCUACCCUCGUCCAAUUGCAAUUCUGUUCCUGUAAGCGGCUCUUUAACGGCCCUUGACUUGUCUCCUAUUGGUAAGCCCGUUAAGUCUAAUUCCACCGGAUCAACCUCCCGCAACCUCAUGUCAACACCUAUACGGAAGCCGAAGAAUCGUGAGGGAAUGCAGGUUAAAAGGCCUUCACUGCCAAUCAAACUCGGCACGGAGGAAAGCUUCAGUCACGUUUUAGAAGAUAUGUCCAACAAAACUACGCUAACCGCAUCUGGAACAACAGAGCAAGCUCGUGUUAUCAGUUUGGUAAAGCGCGGUGUGAACGUGUUUUGCACCGGAGGAGCCGGAACUGGAAAGUCACAUUUACUUCGAAAAAUAGUGGGAAUUCUACCUCCUGCUGAGACGGCGGUCGUGGCCAGCACUGGUGUGGCAGCAAGCUUAAUCGGUGGCACCACUGUUCACGCCUUUUCGGGUAUUGGUCAAAUGUUGGACUCAACUACGGAACCAGAAGACCUCUCCGAUUCAUGGAUUACCUCUGUCCGCCAGCGCUUCCUAUCCGACCACCAUCUUGUCGCCCGUUGGAAACGUAUUCGCAGGAUAAUAAUUGAUGAAGUGUCAAUGAUAAGUAGUCGCGUGUUUACUCGGCUUGAAGCUCUAGCCCGUAUUGCACGCGAUAACUACGAUAGUGGAAUGACCUUCGGAGGUGUUCAAGUAAUUGCAUUUGGUGAUUUCUUCCAACUUCCACCAGUCGUUUUACCUUCUGUUGGUACCAAAGUCGAAGGAAAGUUUGCGUUUGAUUCUCCAGCAUGGAAGGCAUGUCGAUUUCAGAAUAUUGAGUUGCAGACGGCCUGGCGACAGGCUGGGGAUUCUGAGUAUUAUCGUUUGCUCAAUGAAGUGCGAGAGGGAAGGUGUCCGUUUUGGGUUCGAAAGGCGCUUGAGUCUCGUACUUGCACUGAGACCAACAAGAAGCAAACAUUUCAUGAAGCUACCAUCCGCCUGUGCACUCAUCGCCGUGACGCUGAAAUCAGGAACCGAGAAAAGCUGGAAAGUUUGUCAGGUGAGAACAAAGUAUUUUUAGCGAAAGAUACUGGCCCUCCAAGUUUUCGUCCCCCAUCGUCCACAUUUGUUGCACCUACUAGGCUUGAGCUCAAGGUUGGCUCCCAGGUAAUGCUUAUUCGGAACCUAGACAUAACUCGUGGUCUUGUGAACGGCACCCGCGGUGUAGUUGAAAGCUUCACUCCCCCUUCAGAGGGAUCUUUUCCAGAAGUCCGCUUUUUCACAUCAGCGCGAGGUUCCAUCCGCGAGGUAAAUUUAGUUGUACGACCAGAGCGGUGGACUGCUACUCUUUCCGCUGGAGGCAACGGUGGGGAAGUACAAUUUACAAGAUGUCAAUUGCCUCUCUGUUUGGCUUGGGCGAUCUCAAUUCACAAAAGCCAGGGCAUCACCCUCGAUGACGUAGAGGUUGAAUUGUCUAAGGUGUUUGAACACGGUCAAGCGUAUGUAGCUCUAUCGCGUUGUCGUAGCCUCAGCGGACUGCGCCUUUUAGACUGGCGCCCUGAAUGCAUCCGUGUCGAUCCCGCGGUAAUAAGAUUUUACCGCGAAAUUCGGGGAUCAAGAACAGACCCCUAG